AUGGAGUCCAGCGUCUGCCACCUGGGCGGCAUCAUCGUGCGCGAUCUGAGCUGCGUGGUGUCAAACUACCGCUCGGUCAAGACCGUUGACCAGUACUGCAAGGAGCAGAACGUCAUCGGCAUCUCUGACCUGGACACGCGCUCCCUCACCAAGCGCCUGCGCGAGACCGGCUGCCUGGUUGGCGCCCUGUCGACCGACGCGUCCAAGUCUGACGAGGAGCUGGUUGAGGCGGCCAAGAACUGGACCAUCGUGGGCAAGGACCUGCUCAGCGUGCGGGGUGGAUAUGAAGAGGGCAAGGGGCAGGGGCGUCGUCGACGCUGA